AUGACUUGUCCAUAUGCACGUUUUCUCGAACCUGAACCAACAAAUGAGUCGAAUUCUACAUCUUCGUCAAACUUAACUGUUAAUGGCACAACAGGAUCUAGUGAUGCGUUGACUGAAAUAAUAUCAAUGACUGGCUUUGCUAAUCGACCAGCAAAACCCGAAUUAAAACGUUUACCAUCCAGUGAUGAGUUAGUAACAUACAAUAAUUAUUUACGAUUACAUACCAUAUUAGAUUCACAAAUAUUAAUGAGUGCUAAACAUGAUAUUAACAAAACAGCUGUACAUGAUGAACAUUUAUUUAUCAUAAUACAUCAAACAUUUGAAUUGUGGUUUAAACAAAUUAUAUAUGAAAUUGAUUCUAUUCGUGAAAUAUUUGACAAAGAAAAAGUGGAUGAAUCUCAGAUGUUUGUUAUUGUUAAUCGUUUAAAUCGUUGUGUUCAAAUAUGGCGUUUAUUAGUUGAUCAAAUUGGCAUUUUAGAAACAAUGACGCCUCUAGAUUUUAUGGAAUUUCGUUCAUAUUUAUCACCGGCAAGUGGUUUUCAAAGUCUACAAUUUCGUUUAAUUGAAAAUAAAUUUGGUUUAACCGAUAAAUCGCGAAUACAACAUAAUGCUACUCAUUAUAUGAAUACAUUUCCGAAUGAACACGAUAGAAAUGAAUUACAAAAUUCUGUGGAAACUCCAACGCUAUUACAAUUAAUUGAAAGAUGGCUUGAACGCACACCAGGUCUUGACGAUACCACAUUUAAUUUUUGGGAACGUUUCAAAACAUCAGUGGGAGAAUAUUUGAAUUUCUUAAAAACAAAUGCAGAGGAUGAACCAAAUCCUACGGCAAAAGAUGCAUCAUUGGAAGAUGUUAAAAAGACAGCUGAUACAUUUCGUUCAUUAUUUGAUGAAAAAUUUCAUAAUCAACUUGUUCAACGUGGUGAAAGACGUAUAAGUCAGCGCGCUAUACAAGGUGCAUUAAUGAUAUCAUUAUAUCGUGAACAACCAAGAUUUCAACAACCCUAUCAAAUAAUAUCAUUAUUAAUGGAUAUUGAUGCUCUGAUAACGAAAUGGCGUUAUGGUCAUCUCAUCCUCGUUCAGCGACAAAUUGGAAACAAACAAGGCACCGGAGGUUCCGCUGGUUACAGCUAUUUACGUUCCACAUGCAGGUAG